UCCUGUGCCCAUGCCUGGCAAUGUCUGUAAAAACUGCAGCUAUUAUUGCAUAUCUACAUUUCCAAUAUCAACGAUGGGAUAAUAUAAAUCAGCCUAGAAAUACAUUAGAGCCCUCCAGACCGGUUCACGGGGAGGGUAUAUAAACGAGGGUAGGGACAUGGGACAUCAUUCCCGUCACAGCCCUUGCUCCUGUCUGAUCUUCAAGAUGCUGAGGCUCUCGGUACUGCUUCUGGUCGCGACUGCGUCGGCGCAGAUCCCUUCGCUAGGAUGGUGUCCAGACUAUCAGCCGAUGGCGAACUUCAACGUGAACCGUUUUCUGGGCACGUGGUAUGAAGCUGAGCGCUUCUUCACGGUCUCCGAGCUUGGCUCCCGCUGCGUCACCACGAAGUACGAGAGCACUCCUGAGGGCAGGAUACUCGUCAACAAUGAGAUCACCAACGCCUUAACCGGAUUGAAGCGUGUGAUGGGAGGAUCCCUCCAAAUGAUCGGAAGGGAGGGCGAAGGCCGCUUAAUCAUCAAGUACUCCACGCUGCCGAAUUCCUACGACAAUGAGUAUAGCAUCCUCGACACUGACUACGAGAGUUAUGCCGUCAUGUGGUCUUGCAGCGGUAUUGGACCUGUACAUAUCCAAAACGCCUGGAUCCUAACCAGAGACAGGCUAGCUCCACCUAUGGUUAUGCAGUUCGCUUACGGUGUUCUUGACCGCUACCACAUCAGCCGGACCUUCUUCGUGAAGACCAACCAGGCUGACUGCAACGUCCUGCCAAGCCCAGCUGCUGACCCCUUGAGUGUCAAGACUGAAGACAUCAUCGAUGCCAAGAAUGCUCCCAUUGCAAGCGCUGAUAUAAUUGAUGUUGAAGAGAAAUCCAAGCCUGUUGUGAAGAAAGAGGUACCCGUCCCUGAGAACCCACAAGUGCGUUCAGCUCUUGCCGAGAUAACCGAAGAAGCCAAGCCUAUAGAGAUCGCCAACUUGAUUAUUGAAAAGAAAGACGAGAAGAUGAAAAUCGAAAAACCGGAAGAAAUGAAAAUCGAAAAACCCGAGAAACCCGAAAUGGAGAAAAUGCCAGCGGAAAAAUCUAUCCCAAAAUAAGUUAUAUCAGGGCCGUGUCAUAAGUGAUAGUUAAGGCCAUGACGCUCACGUGUGAUGGGAUUUUUGGCUUUCCGCUUAUGACAUCGGCAAAUCCGUGGCCCUGGGUUUAGCAAUAAAAAACGUGUCCACUCGUCUAAAUGGCUAUUUGAUUUUCUAUCUAAAUGUUGGGCUAUUGUACCAAAUACUUCUUGAAUAAGAUGCGUGAUGAAUGAUAUUUUGUGAACCACUUAGUAAUAGAUAGGUACGUAAAUAGUCAAUGAAAUUGAUAGAAAUUUUUGCAAACGUUGGAGUAAAUAAAUUUUUAAAAAUA